CAGCCCUGGCUUGUGAAAAGCUGAAUGCGUUCAGACUGUUCAGAACACAGCCUCAGUGUGAGGCUGGGGCUUCUUCCCACUCCUGCUGGGUGCCUUCAGCUUCCCGCAGCACCUUGGGCUCAGCUGGUCCCAAAACGGUGUCUGCUGUCUUUCCCCACUCUCCCAGAGGUCUCCUCCCUUCUUGAGAAGAUCUUGGACUUUCUCAGUUGCCUGGUCCUUAAAGUCACAAGAAUGUGUGCGGAACACCUGCGCCUCGCUGGGGAUGAAGGGCGCCUGGAGAGUGGCAGCAGGGGCCCGCGGUCUCGGGGGGUGCAGGGUACCCCCUCUUCUCAUCACUCCUCCCCCUUAGCCGUCCUCCUCGAGCCCCAGCGUGUGCCCCGCUACACUCCCAGCCAAGGCGAGCGUUCAACCGCGACACCCGGCUCGCUACAUUUCGCUUCUGCCUUCCUACGAGGCCGCUGCUCCGAUUCCACGAUGGGGAGGUGGCCUGGAGGGCAGGAUAUUCCGCCUCGGGCCGGCGGGGACCGGACGGGGCCUGGGGUGCCGAGCUCGCUCGCCCCCGAUCGCCUCUUGCCCGGGGACUUCGACAAGAGUGGUUGGCUGUGGGUGGCAAACGUGAUCUGGGGCAGAGCGGGUGGCAACCCCCCCUCCAUCAAAAAAAAAAAAAUAGAUUCAGGAUGGACAACCGCGUCACCCAAUCAGAGCAGGAAGAGGGCGGCCCCGCCCCGGCCCCGCCCAUUUCCCGCGCUUCGUGCGCGGGGGCGGGGGGAGGAUCGGAGCCGAGUGACGGGAACUCGGUGUCGGAGGGUGGCGUGGGCUCGCGGUGCUCGAGCGCGCUGCCCGGUGGUGCGCGCCUGA